AUGUGGCGUUGGAUGAGCCUUUGUGUAACCGUUUUUGUGGGAUGUGUGGACGCGAAAGGGUUUUUGGCCUCCCCCACAAUGAGCCCCGGGACGGUGAAGAUGUCUUUUCUCACCUCAGUUUGGGGACAGGGUCAGGGCAAGUGGAUAGGGGGAGCCUAUUUUCAGGCCAUUAAAGAUGUUAACAACAUAACGAAAUUGUUGCCUGGAUAUUCGCUGGAAACCUUGUUCGCAGACACACAGGACAACACAAUGGAUUCCCUUCAGGCCAUGACAAAUCAGUACAUAAAUGGCACGUUCGGAUUUAUAGGGCCCGAUGGCACGUGCGCUAUUGAGGCCACUGUUGCUACAGCGUGGAAUUUACCAAUGAUUUCCUACGGUUGCCAUGACUUUGCGAUGUCACGAGUUCCCCACGUGACUCGGCUUCAAUCGACGUUUAUUCAAAUUCAGCCUUCCACUUCCAAAGUAUCGAAGUCAAUUCUAGCAGUAUUACAGUACUUCAAGUGGCGGACAGUUACUAUGGUUGUUGGUACGUCAGACGAAUGGAACCAGACCGCGCGCAGCCUCCAGCAGAUGACGUCAGACCAUGACAUCAAAGUGACGCAAAAAGUUUACUUUAAGGAACCAUACCCAUCAAACACGAAUUUUCCAGCCAUAGUUGAGAAAACAUACAAGAAAACAAGAAUUUACAUUUUUCUGGGCGACUAUUACGCUCUUAUCGACUUCGCACGAGCGAUUGACCGGAAGCCAGAAACGAACACUGGGGAGUACGUAAUUAUUGCACGGGCAGCAGACGACAGGCCUUAUAAUACGGAGGAUCAUAACUUCUUCAUCAAAACUCCUUUUGAGGUAAACGUCACCGAAGAGAGCGUAUCAGCGUUUCGGUCUGUUCUACUGUUGGUCCCAAGGGCUCCGAACAACCCCUAUUGGGAGUCUUUCUUACAGAACGUGCGGGACCUCAAUCAUAAGUCACCAAUAAAUUUACCACCACUUCCGGCAAUCGUUUCCAAGCAUCAUGUUCCUAUCUCGGCCGCCUAUUUGUAUGAUUCUGUAAUGGUAUUCGCACAGGCUUUGGCCAAGGUCCUUCAAAUUGGAGGAUCCCCACGGAAUGGAUCUGCGGUCGUACAGCAAAUCAGAAACAGCAAAUUUCACAGUAUCCAAGGCUAUGACGUAUAUAUUGACGCGGUCGGUGACGCCGAAGGGAACUACUCUGUCCUCAGUCUUACGAGUGAGUACCCACCUCGGCUAGAGCAAGUUGGUGACUUCAAAAUGACAUCUGACGAACUCGGGUACCCGGAGUUUUAUCUCAAACGUGAUAUCAACUGGCAAUUGGGAAGAGUGCCUCGAGACGAGCCAGAAUGUGGAUUUGAUGAGGAGCGUUGUCAGUAUGAGCCAGAUUGGAAGAUAGCCACCAUCUGUAGUGUAGUAGCCGCUGCCUUGUCGGUUGCCAGCGUAUUUGCUUGCAGGCACUACCUCUAUGAACAAAAACUGGCCCGGCUAUUGUGGAAAAUAGAGUACAAAGAUCUCAUUCUUGUGGAUUCUGUCAAUGAUAUCAUCCCCCCGGCAUGUCCGAAGCGCAAAUCGACGAAUCCAUGGAGGUUUCUGAUUUCGAGCGAUGAACCUGAAAGAGCAACGUUGCUUGGAAACACUAAACAGGAUAUCAAAAACGGCGAUUCCAAGAAAUCAAUUACCAUAGGAUCAUUCAAAGGAACAAUCGUAGCGAUAAAACAAAUAUAUAGAAAAAAUGUUGACAUCAACCGCUCUUUAAAGAAACAGCUCCAGUUACGGAAAGAACUGAACCAUGACAACAUCAACAGGUUUAUUGGUGCGUCUGUGGAUCCGCCGCGGGUUUAUAUCAUUACACAGUUUUGUGCAAGAGGCAGUCUCGCGGACAUCCUUCAGAAUGAGGAUUUACAUCUCGAUGACAUGUUCGUCGCGUCAUUAAUAGCAGACUUAAUUAAGGGAAUGUUAUUUAUCCACGAGAGUGAAUUGGUGUUUCAUGGCAAUCUAAAGUCCAGUAACUGUUUAGUGGAUAGUCGUUGGGUGUUACAGAUAAGUGAUUUCGGCUUACAUCACCUCAUGUACAAGGAUACCUCACCGAAACACGACACAGAUACGUAUCAUAAAGGUUUACUAUGGAAGGCGCCAGAACUGUUAAGAGACAUCAGUCAUAACACUUUUGGUUCUCAGAAAGGCGAUGUCUACUCAUUUGCACUGAUUCUGUAUGAGACUCACGCGCGUAGAGGGCCCUGGGAGGACAUUGAUCUUACCCCGAAAGAAAUAAUACGCAAACUAAGAGGGGGAGGUGAUCAUGUUAUCAGACCAGACGUAGCGACUCUACAGUGUGAGGAUUAUAUUAAACAAUGCAUAAUCGACAGUUGGAACGAAAAUUCAGAUGCUCGUCCCGAUUUCAAGUACCUGAGAUACAGGCUUCGACCCAUGCAACAGGGUCUAAAACCUAAUAUUUUCGACAAUAUGUUAGCAAUUAUGGAGAAAUAUGCUAAUAACCUUGAAGCACUUGUAGCACAAAGGACCGAGCAGCUCUCUCUUGAGAAGAAGAUGACCGAGAAUUUAUUGUUUAGGAUGUUACCAAGGUCGGUGGCUAAUCAGUUGAAGCGUGGAUAUAUGGUAGCACCGGAACAUUACGAAUGCGUCUCUAUAUACUUUAGUGACAUUGUUGGCUUCACGGCAUUGUCAGCGGAAAGUACUCCAAUGCAGGUGAUAGACAUGCUUAAUGAGCUAUACACUUGCUUCGAUUCAAUCAUAGAACAUUAUGACGUGUACAAGGUGGAAACGAUAGGCGACGCCUACAUGGUUGUGAGUGGUCUCCCCCUGAGGAACGGAAAUCACCACGCGGGAGAAAUAGCGUCCAUGUCUCUACAUUUAUUGAAAGAAAUAAAGGCUUUCCGAAUAGGACAUCGGCCAGACGAUACUCUAAAACUACGAAUAGGGAUACAUUCAGGGCCGUGUGUGGCUGGCGUGGUGGGACUAAGAAUGCCGAGGUAUACACUUUUUGGUGACACCGUUAAUACGGCGUCUCGGAUGGAGACCACUGGAGUCCCGUUGCGUAUCCACUGUAGUCUGGAAUGCAAAUCAAUUCUCGACAAACUGGGAGGGUACAAACUGGUAGAGCGAGGAUAUGUUUCAAUGAAGGGUAAAGGCGAACAGUUUACCUAUUUCCUAGAGGACCAGGAAACAUCUGUUAGAAUACGGCGAAUAUCGAAAACAGAAAGACUAACUAGAACAGAGUCACGUGACAGUCAGCCGACAGACACUGACCAUUCUGGUGUUGGCACUAAACAUAACAUAAGGACACAGAACGGACACAUUCCAAAAGAGAAUUGUAUGUUUAAGCUUCGAGAAAUGUCUAUGAAAUACCUUACAAGUAGUGAUUAUUGUGUACACAGCGAUGGAGAGGUGGAGUGUGAAGCAACUCAACCGCCAAGUAUACCUGAUGCACAUCAAAACAAUAAUACGCAGUCGCACAAUUACUCAUGCGCCUACUUCCGGGAACAGGAAACGAUGCCGUUAAUGCUGGUAAAGGACGGUAAUAACGGAUAUGUGGGACCGGAGAGUUCCGAAUUCACCGAAGCCGCAGUCUAA